GCAGUGGGACCCCUGCGAUCUGGCAUCUUAUCCCCUAUCCUUUAGAUAUUUGCAUAAGAUGUCUAGGGGCGGAGUACCCCUUUAACUCAUUCUCUGCCCCUAUUUAUAUGCCAUACACUCUCUCUCAUAUCUGGAAAGCUAUGACCAUUUCCUGUUACUCCGGUCAUGUGACAAUGGCGCACUCGCUGUGUUCUGCCCGAGAAUCGCGCUGUCCUCGCUCCGCGUCAUCAUGCUAAUGCACAUGAAUGGACAAUGUCUUAAUGAGGUAUUCCAGGAUUUUUUUUUAUUUGACUAUGCUACAGAGGCUGUAAACUUAAUGUAGUUCAUAAUAUAGUGACUGAUGUAUUGCAUUGAAUGGAUCACAGAUGUGUUUCAAUGGGUGGGGUGGCUGAUGUGUGGGCAGGGGGGAAAGUGACUUCAUACUUACAAGCAUGGAACUAUGGGAUGUGUAGUUUAAAGAACGAAAUUCAACAGGAAAUACCCAGUUCUGGCAGGUACGUACUAAAAUCACCUUAUGGUGGAUAACCUCUUUAAGUCUUAAAAUAUUUAGAUUCAGAUGAAUCUAAAUGUGUUGGGAAAUCCUGAGAGAAAUUGGUAAUAUCAAACCGAUUUAUUUAUCUUUUCUUGGGAACUACAUAGAUCAUACUUUUUUAUGCAGCCCUUAUCAUAUAUACAGUACAUUACAUAUUAAAUGUGUUUCUAUGAUUAUUUACUAAUAUCUACAUCUUCUUCACAGAACAGAAACUAAGAAUAAUGCAGCAUUUGUUCUGACUUUAUAGUGUAACUUCAUUCGAGCGUGUAUAAACUCUAUUCUUUAUCUGUUACUAUUUAUUACAGACAGUAAAAUCCUUUGAGAUGUAACCUCUCAUUAGCAUCAGUGUUCUAGAGGUAGCAUACACAAACUGCGGCCAUCAAUCACACCCAGACAGCCCAGUGGAAAAAGAUGAAUUUGGAUCCUAAUGCAAGAAGACAUUGCUCUGACAUUGGUUGAAAAAGCCAUUUUGUUACAGAGAUUAAAAAACAAUAGUAAAACUUCAGCAACAUUGUAUAUACAGGCUUACUAUAUUGUUAUGUUACUUAAUUUGAAUUAACUUGUAAUCCUAUCAAGUACCUAUUUACAUGGAAUAGACCAGCAUUGCAUCAUAAGGUAUUAAACACUCUUAAAGGGGUACUCCGCUGGAAACAUCCCCUAUCCAAAGGAUAGGGGAUAAGAUGUUAGAUCAAGAUGUUGGACCACCGCAAUCUCUGCAGCGGUACCCCUGUCAUUCGCGGCACUGAGCGAAUUCCACUCCGCGCCUGAUGACUGAUGCAAGCCACCACGCCCCCUCCAUUCACGUCUAUGCGAGGAGGCGUGAUGGCUUUGUACUAGCAUGGUGUGACGUCACGAAUGUGGAAGCUGCAAGCCUCCGUGUUCUGGACGGUGCCGGUGCCAGACCGGAGAUCGAGGGGGGUCCCAAGCGGCAGGACCCUCGCGAUCUAACAUCUUAACGCCUAUCCUUAGGGUAGGGGAUAAGAUAUUUCCAAUGGAGUACCUCUUUAAAGGCUUGUUUAUGUCUUAUUAAGGAUAUAGGCCACAUAGAACAUUUUGGGGCAAUCUGUGGUUCCAUGUCCUACCAGUGGAGCAUGUAUUAAAGUGUCUCUAGCUAUGCAUUGUCAUGCUCUGCUGUCCGCAUGGAAAGGAAUGAUACAGCCGCUAUAAUUUGUGCUUCUCCUUUAGUUGUACAGUAACUUCUUGUGUGUGGCCCUGUUGGUUGUGUUUCCUACUAGGCCGAAGAGUAUGUAAAUACUGAAAAUAUUUCCCAAGGAGAUGUCCUUAAAUGAAGCUGUGCAUGGAGUAAGCAUAUGUAGACCCUUUCGGACCUUCGUAGUGAAUGUUAAGCAGCAGACCCAUGUACAGCUGUCAUGAGACAAGUGGGUGGGCUCGAGCCAGAGACCAAGCAGGUGCCAAAAGACAAGUCGGUGGGCCAGAGGCAGUGACCAAGCAGCUGCUAUGGAACAAGCCAGCCUGGCUUCCCUGAAGCUUACUUAGGGGUCUAUCUAUCCAAGUCAAGUUGAAUGAGCGGACUUGUGGGAUUGUGACAACAACAUACCAUAUUACUCAAGGGUAAUUUGGAUGCUACACUGCAGCAACAUAAAAUAUGUAAAGUGAAGCACAUUCCUGGAAAGAAGAAAUUAACCGAUUUAAUUAGAACAAAGCCUUCCACAACCAUCUAAAGGAAACACUGCACAAGCUGAACAAACAGACAGAAGCAUAACCUCUACUCCGAUCCCUAUUAAAGGGAGAAAGAGCCCAUGUUGUAGAGGACACAUGCUGCAUUAACUUCUAUGAGAGUUCUGAAAAUACCAGAGAACAGCACUCUAGGACAACCAUUCCUCUGGGCCAAAAUGAAGUCCCAGCCGAUGACAGCACCCCAAACAACAGUUGUCGCACCUGCAUUAAGGGAGAAUGCUACAGAAGCCAUGGCUCCAGGCGAUGGGAAAGAUAACCACUUUUCAAAGCUCAAAGAGAAGUUCAUGAAUGAGCUGAAUAAAAUUCCCUUGCCACCAUGGGCCAUAAUCGCAAUAGCCAUUGUUGCGGUCUUGUUGAUACUCACUUGCUGCUUCUGUGUGUGCAAGAAAUGCUUGUUCAAAAAAAAGAAUAAGAAGAAGGGCAAAGAAAAAGGUGGAAAGAAUGCUAUUAAUAUGAAAGAUGUAAAAGAUUUGGGCAAUACCAUGAAAGACCAGGCAUUAAAGGAUGAUGACGAUGAUGAUGCUGAGACUGGAUUAACCGAUGGGGAAGAUAAAGAACAACCUAAAGAAGAAGAGAAGCUAGGAAAACUUCAAUACUCAUUGGAUUAUGAUUUCCAAAAUAAUCAGCUGAUGGUGGGGAUAAUUCAAGCUGCUGAGCUACCUGCUUUAGAUAUGGGAGGUACAUCAGAUCCUUAUGUGAAGCUUUUUUUGCUGCCAGAUAAGAAGAAGAAAUUUGAAACGAAGGUCCACAGAAAAACCCUUAACCCUGUUUUCAAUGAGCAAUUCACUUUUAAGGUGCCCUAUGCAGAGUUAGGUGGGAAGACAUUAGUGUUGACUGUCUAUGAUUUUGAUCGAUUCUCUAAGCAUGACGUUAUCGGAGAGGUGAAGGUGCCCAUGAACACUGUUGACUUUGGUCAUGUAACAGAAGAGUGGCGAGAUCUUAUUAGUGCUGAAAAAGAAGAGCAAGAGAAACUUGGUGACAUCUGCUUCUCCCUCCGCUAUGUACCCACGGCUGGCAAACUAACGGUUGUUAUUCUGGAAGCGAAGAACCUAAAAAAGAUGGAUGUUGGUGGUUUAUCAGAUCCCUAUGUGAAAAUUCAUCUCAUGCAGAAUGGAAAAAGACUGAAGAAAAAGAAGACAACUAUUAAGAAGAAUACUCUUAAUCCCUACUACAAUGAGUCAUUUAGCUUUGAAGUACCAUUUGAGCAAAUUCAGAAAGUGCAAGUUGUUGUAACUGUUUUGGACUAUGACAAGAUUGGAAAGAAUGAUGCUAUUGGGAAAGUGUUUGUAGGCUACAACAGUACCGGUGCAGAGCUCCGGCAUUGGUCAGAUAUGCUGGCCAAUCCACGACGACCCAUUGCACAGUGGCAUACUUUAACGCCUGAGGAAGAAGUAGAUGCAAUGCUUGGCGUGAAAAAAUAAGGAGAAUCCAAUCUGCAGUUGCCCAUAUAGUGCUCUUUAGCCAGUAUAUGUAAAUACCUCAGUAGUAUGGGUCCUUUCAUGUCUUUCCAUGCAUUCCUACUCCAGGUCAUUCGUACCUAUUCAUUUGAUUUGCACAAAUUUUUAUGUCUUUACUUCCCUUGAAAAGAAAAAAAAAACAUAUUGUGCGCCACACAACUGCCCUCUUACUCUUCUUUUUAAGCAAUAUGAUGUGUAGAUAGAGCAUGAAUCGAUUUGUUAUCACACUCUUGUACAUAACAGUAUGCCAACAUUUAUUUCUAGUCUGUGUAUUUGUAUGUUGUACGCAUUUCUUAUUCUGUGUAUACUUCGAUGUUUUUAAUAAGAUGUUCUAUUUUAAACAAUGUAAAUUGACUAAAUAUAGAAGAGCUGAUACUAUAUUACAGGUUAAUUAUCGUAUCGUCCGCAUUCCAGGAGAAAUUCCAACUUAUAAGGCACUAGUAGAGUUGCACUGACAUCUUAAAGGACAACUUAAAUCUGAGCACGACCAGAUCCAUGCAAUUACUAAAUAGGCGUACAUUCCAUAUUUUCUGUGAGCAAAUUAGUUCAUACGUGUAGAUUUUAGUCAGCGGCAACAACUACAAUUGGAGGAGAAGUGUAAAUGUCCACGACAGGUCUGGCCACUAGAUGCCAAGCUAUUACUUUGUAUAUAUUUCUGUGUUUAAAAAAAAAAAAAAAAAAAGAAAAAAAAAGUCUAAGCUAAAAUUGUGGCAUUUUUCAACCUGAGCGAUGAGGUAAUAACAGGGAAUACAGAGAUUCUGUAUAUGUGUAUGUAUAUAUAAUCUCCAGGACUACUCCUUAUAUCCCAUGAGAUUCGCUUGUGCAAACAGCGCCUUUUGCUUGUCAAAGUCCUGUAAAUUUUAGCUUUAGAUAGAAUAUACAUCUCGUGGUUUAUCUGUAUGUUUUCACAUGCCAUAUAUCAUAUACUCUGUGUGUAUAUGUUGUACUCGCAUAUCCUGUUUCACGGAUAGAUCGUGAGGCAUACUGACCAUUGCUGGAAAGCAUUCUGCUGAGUACACCGUCACCUACGUUUUCAUAGUUAACAAUCAGUAUUGUGACCCAAUAUAUAUAUAUAUAAAGACUAAACUGAUUUAGCCAUAAUUCUGAAUGCACUUCAAGUAAGCCAAAACAGCUAGUGACCUUUUUUAUAUAUACUAUUUGUAUAAUGAGUUUUAAUUUGUCCUUUAAAAAUGGUAUAAAACAAAGAACAAGUGCUAGCAAACUGGAGCACCCUCUUGUGUAUACUAGAUGCUCAUUUCAGGAGGAGUUUUUAAAUGUUUUCAAUGUUAUUAUGUAGUAAAUGGCACUAUUAUGAAGCUAUUAGUCAUUCCAUAAGAGUCUUAAACGACUGCUCUGUGUAUCACUGUGACUGCCGUGUGUGCUUAGAUGAAACUUAGUUCUCUCAGUGAAUAGCAAUCAAUUAAUUCUAUAGUGAUAUUGUACUGAUACUGCCAUCUUUUUCUACUGCUGCAGGAGAGCAUAGCACAAAUAGGUUACUAUGGACCAAUUUGAAACUGGGAGCUAUGCUGGUUCCUGGAUACAGAAUAGAUCACACAGCAAUGUAUCGAGCACUGUGCAAUAUUAUCCAUAAAUUAUCUAUAUUUAAAUAUAUAUAUAUAUAUACAUUAAAAAAAUAUAUAUCGAUAAACAUUGCAGUCCAAAUCUAGUUAUCUUUACAAAUAUCAUUUGGUGAGAAGACGUUGUGAAACAAUAUAUUGUAUUUAUCUUUAUUUUCACUGCACAGAUCAGGAAUAGGAGAUAGUUAUUUUAUUUAAGUAUUUAUUGUUUGCUUGCUUUUUUUUUUUUUUUUUUUUUUUUUUUAAGACACUGGAUCAUGAAUACAAAACAGGGCAUAAUACUCAAAUGAAUUUGUGUGCAAGAUGCAUCCGUGAUCUCCCUGCCGAGAUACAAUUAGCCAUCUUAUCUAGAUGCGCAACCAAUACUAAUCAAUGGGAUCAUUCUUAAUGUUGUCCCUCUUAUAUUACUGAUAAGGAUUAAGGAUAGAACAUGUUAUUAACUAGACGAGAUUUUUACUAUUAAACUAUCAGAGAAUACCCUGUUAUCUUGGCUCUAGAGUGGCAUUAAUAAUGUAGAAUGGUUUUAGGCCUGAAUGCAUAAUCUGAAAUAGUAAGGUGUGUAUAUAUAUAUAUAUAUAUAUAUAUAUAUAUAUAUAUAUAAAUUCAUCAUACUAUUUUAGUUUAUUAUUGCUGUUAUUAUAUUCUAAUUGUUUUUCUUUUUUUUUCCCCCAAACUCUGUCUAUAUGUCUAACGGAUAUGCUCAAAAUGCAGGUUCGUACUGCCGAAUAUAUAGAUAUUAUAGAUAUUAAUGCAUUUUUACUCAUCUUUUUACUCCCGCCUCUUAAUAUAAGAUGGUUAGAAACUUCCUGAACCUGCUCUUUGAUCAGAAUGGAGUGAAAACCAUAAACAGCCACAUCUACCUUUUGGACAAAGCUGUGUAAAGUCUUAGAAUCUGAUGCUGUAGAAAUCCUAGUUGCCUUUGUCUAUACUUACUGCCUGCUUGAGUGUUUCUAUGUGUGAGUUUCUCUCCUGUAUCUCGUAGAAAUGUUUGGGUGUUUUCUCUUGCCAUAUUGCUCGUGACCCGCGGGCUAACAAAGUUUGCUGUGUAUACCUUCAUUUUUGAUGAAGUGGUUACAAUUUAGUUUCACUUUGUGUAGUGAUUCCCACAGUAAAGUUUUCAGAUCGUUGUUAAAAACCUUGACAUAUUCAGCAAAUAUUCAAUAAAAAUAUUUUAUUUCCUGUU